AUGGAUCCCUUCUCUGCUCUUUCCGUCGCCGCCGCCAGUCUACAACUGGUUGAUCAACUUGUCAAGGUCACCCUUGGAACACAGAAGCUCUACGAAAAGCUAGCCGCCGCUCCACAGCAGAUCCGCCGCAAGCGCGAACAUGUGGAGCAACUACGAGACCUAAGCGCGUCUAUCCAAAGCCUAUUCCAAGGUCCGCAUGAGAAGCACGACCCUCGAAACCAGCCGCUUCCGUCAAAUUUGGGGCAUGGUCUUCACUCCUUGCUCAGCAAGGCUGAGGACGAGCUCAUCGAACUAGAGAACAUUUUGAAACCGCUGGACGUUGCAAAUGGCGACGAUAAAGCUGUCAAGCGAUUCUGGGGUCGCGUAAAAUCCGUUAAGCAGGAAGGCAUCAUCCACGGCUGUCUUGACCGUCUGAAGGAAUUGUACAUCCAGCUUCAGAUCUCCCUGGAUCUCUAUCACUCGGAGUUGUUUAGCAUCGCAACUGCUCAGAGUGGAGUGGCUUUGGAGAACAUCUCAACUUUACAGACCUCGAUGAGCGGGACAAUCACCGAGCUUCAUCGAAAAGUGGAUGAACAGGCCUGUGCUGGCGCACACACGGCGGAGUUGAACCUCAAAUCCCACAGAGCGACCCACUCAAGGCUCGAUACGAUUGACGCGUCAUCUUCAGCGCUGCAAAUGACCCUGAGCCAUGGGUUCAGCUUGCUAGCGGGAAAAUUUGAGCAAGAGCAAAGGAAAGUGACCCAGGAGCUGCGGGUGACUCGCAAUUCAGUAGAGCUUUUGCUCGCUGGCAGAAUCGCUUCUAAACCGGCAUGUGUGGCGGGCAUUUUGGAUGAUAUGCAGCGUCAGCCGUUCAGACAAUGCCCUUGCCAAAGGUUGGGAGUGUACAGGCCUCUCUCGUUUGGUUCAUUCACUUGGAAUCGACGUGUCUAUGGUGUUCAUUAUCCGGGAUGCUCAUCCUACGCCGCAGGUUCGGAAGAUACCCUGCCUAGACGUUACUCUUUGACGAUUGGAAGAGUGGCGUCGUUGAGUAUUGAACUCAUGUUCAAUAGUGUCCGCGGCGCAGGCGCUUUCUCUUUGCCUGAGCAGAUCAACUUCAUAAGCAUCGUCGCUGAUGACGACGACUGCACGCGCAUCCCUGGCUACGAUCGCAUCUAUGCGGCCUUUGAUAGCAUUCAUCGCAUUCAUGGACGAGAUACUAAUGUGUUCGACAUCAUGGGUCUUUAUGUGUGGGAUGAUGACUAUUCGUUGGUAGAGAAAACUAGGGUGAAACAAAUACUGAAUCAACUGCUUAUCGACCUUCAGACAGACUUUGGCAGCGGGCGUGUCUCUGGACGUGUGCAAACAACUACAGGCAGGACCCUCCUACACAUGUUCGGCGGCAUUUUAGGCCUGUUGUGGAGCAUACAAGAAGACACUCUAGGCAGUAUCAAGACUAUAAUUGAGCUGCUUCAUCGUCAUGGCACUCCAAUUAACGCUCUUUGCAAGCACAGCUCAUUUUCUUCUGAGGGAACAGCGCUUUCCAUGUUCUUUCCCUGGUUGGGCAUGGAUGAGAACUGGGAGCCUGGAAGCACAACUUUUCUACGGCUUCUGUGCGAUCUUGGGGUUACAGCUGCACCAGUGGCGUCCGAAGAAGACUUUCUACGACAUAUUGUGCCCGACUCAACUCAAGUCAGGCUCUUUACACGUAUUCCCGACCUUGCCAUAGAAGCAGGCUACUCAAGGCUAGCUCUCGCCGUUGUUCACAGAAACAUAGACGAGGUCCAAUUCAUACUGUCACAGAGAGGAAGGUACGAAUCAGGAGGAUCACGCGGGGUCACACCGCUGCAAUUGAGCAUCGGAUGGCCGACAGGUAUGAAACUGCUUCUGCAGAAGGGCGCCAACCCAUCAGAAACAGUUCACUGCACCGUUGACCUCCAAGAUGACACGAGUCUUGAGAUCUUACUGGAUGCAGAUAGUCGGCUAUUCCUAGGAGUCAAUGGACGCGAGAAGUCCCUUCUGGAGCAUGCACUCUAUAGGAAUUACAGUCUGCACGUAGCUAACGGGCUUGGAACUAACGAGCGAAUCUUGCCUCUCAUCGUCGAAGCAUUGACUACUUCUCGUCGAUGCCUGAUGAGGCUCGCCAGAUCUUACUUGUCUGAUUCUCGGCUUAGAGAUCUUGGUUGGGCAGAGCCACAGCGCGACUAUCCGUUACUGGACUCGAGCACUGCUCUGGACAUGAUCAGGCAACUACAGAUGCGAGGCGUCAAGAUACCGGACAGAAUUUGGCCCGAUUCAAGACAUCGGUCGGUUUACCAUACGGAAUACAUGAUAGUAGAAGUUGCGGACUCCCUCUUUCAGGCAGGAUUCGAUGAAAUCGACAUUAAAGCACCUGAUGGUUGGACACCACUGCUAGUCAACAUAUACGAUUACAUGAACGGGGUGGAACCUCUCAAGGUGUUGGGCUGGUUCCUGGACCACGACGCAAGGAACCUUGUGUUUCCGGAAUUGAAUGCUAUAUCCUUGUACCACGCGUUGGCCGCAAAGGUAGCGACAAGGUAUAGCAACGUCGAUGACGAAAUCCGAGUGUGGUUGACCAAGAUUCUACGAAAAGCGGCCUGUGUCGUCCCUAGGCCUCCACGAGAUCUCUGCAGCUGCUAUUGCUCGGAUGGAGGUUGUUCCGCCAUAACUUCACUUCUGAGGCACCAAUCGAAGUACAUGGAACAGCCUAGAGACCACACGGGAGCCGGAUUUUUGUACACUCUUUGGGAGACGAGGAAGCGGAUCUUCAGGCUUUGGCUGAACGUGUCUCAUGCUUUCCCUGACAAGCAACCUUUCACCGACUUCUGCAGAUUCGAAUUGUUCGAGCGUCUGGGCAUGAAACACACUUGCUGCCAACUGGACUGGUGGAUUGAUAAGUCCAAUUGGCCUCUCUUACUAGAUCGUUGCGAAGCAGCCGAGUUUCAGCAGGAAGAUCAAUAUCUGGAUCGUACGCUAAACCGAGUCCUGGGGUUGUACAACGAGCUUCACGCACAGUACCAGAAUCAUUUCGAGGUAUUCUGGGACGCCUGGUGGAAGGUCAUCCAAGCAGAUGUGCCUGUGACGUUCUGGGAGAGGGUUCAGGAUGUUGACAACGACUGGUCUCGACCUAGAAGAGUUGACACCGACAUACCUAUACUGGACGAAGACUCCUUGGAAACCACACUGCAACGCAUUCGCGAGGACGUCUCCAGCUGGGUGGACGACCAGAUCCGCCUGGAAGACGAGAUUAUCGAAGAAGGGAUGGCAUGGUGGACGAGUCUUGUCGAGUCUUGA